AUCGCAACAGAACUCGGCGGCCAGACCGUUGCCAUGUCGACCUCAUCGCUACGGCGACAAGUAAAGAACAUCGUCCACAACUAUUCAGAGGCUGAAAUCAAGGUUAGAGAAGCCACAUCCAAUGACCCGUGGGGCCCCAGCAGCUCUCUGAUGUCAGAGAUUGCUGAUCUGACAUACAAUGUCGUGGCCUUCUCGGAAAUUAUGAGCAUGGUAUGGAAGCGCCUCAAUGACCACGGCAAGAACUGGAGACAUGUGUACAAGGCUAUGACUCUUAUGGAGUACCUGAUCAAGACUGGUUCAGAACGUGUUGCCCAACAGUGCCGAGAGAAUAUAUAUGCAGUCCAGACCCUCAAGGAUUUUCAGUUCAUAGACAGAGACGGCAAAGAUCAGGGGGUGAAUGUGCGAGAGAAAGCCAAACAGCUGGUGACACUGCUGAAAGAUGAAGAAAGACUACGAGAGGAGAGGAUCCACGCCCUCAAAACCAAAGAGAAGAUGGCACAGACCUCCAGCGGUGAGAUUGCCUCCUCAGCUCCCUCAGCUCCCAACCUGGGGGGCAGCCUGUCCGCGGGCUCCCACUCUGGAGGGGCAGACCCCGAGCAGGCAUGGCCCCAGAGCACUGGAGAGGAAGACCUGCAGCUCCAGCUGGCCUUAGCCAUGAGUAAAGAAGAGGCAGAGCAGACUAGCAAGGACCCUCUGGAGGACGCAGAGCUCAGCUAUGCAAUCACACUCAGCAAAGAGAUCCAACAAAAGGUUGCUGACAUCAGUAUGUCUGAUUGGCAGGAACAGCGACUGCGUAGAGGUGAUGACCUGAGACUGCAGAUGGCCCUCGAGGAGAGCAGGAUGGCGAAAUCUAAGCCUGAGGACGGGCCUCUGAUGGAGCUGGGUGCCGCGGACCCCUGGGGGGCCACCGCUGCUGCCGGAGCCGCCGCUGUCUGCUCUGCCGGCCCUUCGCCUCCCCCCAAAGCUCUUUCUCUUGCAGCAUCAGGUCCGUGGGGCACGGACCCCACAGACCCAUGGGGGAUAGCGUCACCCACAUCUCCUACAAAUUCUGACCCCUGGGGUGGGGGAGCCCCACCCGUUAUAGCCCCUCCUCUGGACCCCUGGGGAGAGACGUCAAACAGGGAUAACAACAUCGACCCCUGGGGGAGCUCAGCUGUGACCCCCCCCAGUGCUGACCCCUGGGGUCCCCCAGUGCCACCCAGCACGUCCUCCUCAGGGGGGCCAGUAGACCCCUGGGCAAGGGACGGGCCUGUCCUGGUCUCUGACCCUGUCACCAACGACAUCUGGAGUGCCACCGCCAAACACACAAAUGGCACAGGGGACCCAGAGCGACGAGGCUCUCCAGCAAUGGGCUGUGACGGCACGGGCUCCCCGGUGCCCUUUGACCUUUCGUCCCUCUGUUCGUCACUUCCUGUUCGUAAGACUCCUGAGUCCUUCCUCGGCCCCAACGCAGCGCUGGUGGAUCUUGAUUCCUUGCUGUCGUCUAAACCCAAACCCAAACAGCCACCGCCUCCUUCUAUCUCGUCCUCUUCAGCGCACAACCCCUUCCUCCAGAACACAGGCUCAUCUCCUGCUCCUGGCAUGGCAGUGACUCCGGGCAGCUCCAUUUCCAGUCGAGGGGUUUCUCCAUCACCUGCCUCUUCCAACCCCUUCGGCGUGGCUCCACCCAUGAAUUCCAUCUCACCUCAGCCCUCAUCACUUGGCAUCAGCGGCCUGCGCUCCAGUCCUGUGCCUCCCAAUCCCAUGCUGGGCAUGGUGCAACCAGGAAUGGGCAUGGGUCCAAUGAGUGUGGGUAUGGGGGCUCCAGGAAUGGGCCUGGGUAUAAUGCAGGCCAGCCCCAUGGGCAUGCCCUACAGCGGGCUCUCGCCAAUGGCACCCCCAGGCUCGGCUCUGCUGGGGUCCGUAGCCGCAGGACCUCCUCAGCUGAUUUUGGGUGGGCCCACUGGAACAGGAGGAAUGAUGGGAGCAGGAGGAACAACGGGAACGAGCACCAACCCUUUUCUCCUUUGAGGAAGUGUCACCACUACCACUGCUCACCUGUUUAAACCUCCUCUGUCGUACCUGCUGCCCCCUUUAUUCAUCCCCCUCAACACAAUUUGUGUCCAAAAAGAAAGAAAUGUGUACAUCUAUAUAUUUAAAGAAAAAAGGAAAAAGUCAAAAAUUCAGUUCCCUAUCCUUGAAAAACACUAUUUUAUUUCAUAAUAAUCUACCACGUUUAGUUCCUUUCAUUUCAGUAUGGGUUGUUUGUGGGCGGGAAAUAGAAAUCUAUUUAUUUUUCUUUUAAUCCUGUUCUGUAUCGUUCUUCAUGUUGUGUUUUUUGAGUCCUUUCUUGAGGUGAAGGUAAGUUGUGAGAGCAGAAGGCUGUUUCAGUCGCGUCACUCUACUCUGUUGUAAUAGUACUGCACUGAGGGAGGCGGAGGGAGAGGGCACAUAGCCACUAACAAACUGAACAGAGAAACUGUACCUGCCUCUUCCUCUUCUCUCUCUCUAGGAUGAAGACGAACACUGAAUCACUGAAAUGAACAGAGUGCAUGAAGGAUCAUUUUAAAUGAACUCCAGUCAGAGAGACUGAAACCCUGCGUUAACAUGCCAGGCACAAUGUGGUAAACUCAUUUCAACUACUUCACUUUUAAUUUAACGUUGAAAUUAAUUACUUUUUCCAAUUUUUUGGGAACAAAUAAACAAGGAAAAUCACACAAUGAUGCCAUUUAAAUCAAAUGCUUAUUUUUUUUCUCUUUUUAUUAUUGUAGAAAACGUUAAAAAGAGACAUCUGUGGUCUGAUGUUGCAAAAGGAUGUUUGUUGAGUGUGUUUGCAGAAAUGUGCGAAUGAGGAUAUGAAUGUUUAUUUGUGAGAAUGCUUUCGUGCAAAUGCCUGUUUUUGGGUAAAUGUAUCAUUUUGUCUCCAGUUUUCUCCCACGUCAGACUUUAUUUCAGUGACACAAAGGAAGACAUUACAUCCAUUAUUCUUGUUUUUAAAAAUUGUCACUUGUAUACAUACUAUGUAAUGUUGGGAUUUCAAAUGAGGUAUUAUAAGGGUCACAUUUCUCUGCCAAUCAUAUUUCAGAAUAUUUUUUGGGGGAUUUUGCUAAUCGGAAGCAUAAUGUUUUUUUCCAAUCGCACUUCAAAUGGGAUCCCUGGUGUCCAGGUGUCCCAGAGCACCGCUGUCCACUUGUUUCAUCUCUGUUCCCUCAGGGAGGAGAAAGACAAUUAUUUCAUCAAAUGAAAGGGAAAAAAAAAUGGGACUUGACGACAUGCUCCAUGCUGUUCUUUUAAUUUAGUUUGAUGAAUUUAUUGUUAUUUUAUAUCGACAAGAAAAAAUAUCUCUUUUAUCGGGUAAGGUUGAAUGUUGUGGUGAUGACUGUGAACAUUCGCAUCUGAAAAGUAAAAUGAAAAAAAUCAAAAGGAAUUUAUCAAAUAAAACAAAAACACUG